UACAGACUACAACUAGCUAGGCUUGGCGGAAGUUAUCGAUGCACCUGUUGUUACUCCGCGAACAAGAAGAGAAAAUCGAUUAUUUGUGAUUUCAUGCGGAACUAGCUCAACCAAACACACAGCGACGAGAGGAAUUGCACUUCGAGGCGGAUCAUAGCAGUGUUUUUCAUGGAUAAAUUAAAGAAAGUUUUGAGUGGGCAGGAUGAAAACAGUGACGACAACGGCAUUUUACAGGCGGCGAACCAAGCUUCCACCUUAUCUUGGGGCACCCGAGUAAAAGGCUUCAUUGCCUGCUUCGCUCUUGGGGUCUUGUGUUCCAUACUGGGAACGUGCUUGCUGUGGAUUCCAGGAAGGGGUUUGGCGUUAUUUGCCGUUCUUUACACCGUUGGCAACGUCGCCUCCCUUGCUAGCACCAUGUUCCUGAUGGGCCCUGUGACCCAGGUGAAGAGAAUGUGUGCCAAAGUAAGAGCACUUGCUACUGCAAUCAUGCUGACGUGCCUUGUUCUAACUUUAUGUGCUGCUUUCUGGUGGAAGAUUAAUGGGUUGGCCUUACUCUUCUGUGUACUACAGUUUUUGGCCUUUGCUUGGUAUGGCCUGUCCUACAUUCCAUUUGCCAGGGACGCCGUCAUAAAGAUGUUCACAGUCUGUAUAUCCUGAAGAUGACUUUUACUGGACCCUUCUCCCUCGCUUUCUCCCCCUCGCCCCCCUCGCUCCCUCGCUCUACCCCCCCUCGUCCUCGCUCUCCCCCCCUCAUCCUCGCUCUCCCCCCCUCGUCCUCCCACACACCCUCGUUAUGAGGGCUGUUGGUUGAGACCGUGUGUGUUUGGAUAGAACCAGAAGCCCCUUCUGUCUCUGGCUCUCUCAGACUCCACACAGGUGUGUUGGGUCAGAGCCCACUGAGUAAGCACUUUGAGUGAAACGCUUUCCAAAUCAGGUGUGUGUGUGUGUCUGAGUGUGUGAAAACUGUGUUACCCUCUGGGAACAUAAUAACCCAUUGAGUGUGUGUGUGUGAGGUCCAGACAAUUUCAAAAAGUCCUAAAAGGGAUGUUCUGUUCUGGAACGUUCUAAAUCUUAAAACAUUUGGGUCUGAGACAUUUUAGAGUAACUUUAGUCUGUGCCAAUGUGGGUCCUCUAUCUCCAAUGCUGUCUGACUUAAUUGUUUUUUAGAUCAUGUUAGAUUGUAUGUAGAGAGCUAAAGAAGUCUUCAUUUGUGAUUCUUUGCUGAAGAAAAGAUCUGUGUUUUUAAGGGAAUAUGAGGGAGUCUGGUUUUUAGAUAGUCAGACUCUAACUCAGUCUAGUAAACACUGAUGCGCAAGACUCAACAAUACAGUUUGCAGGGUAAUAGAGAAGAACAAGCACAAGCCCAGUAACUUUGAGAUACUUAAGGAGCAAAAUGUAGAGAUAUUUCAAAGGCUUUGCACUUCAAUAUUUCAAUCGACAUUUCUCCAAGUGUAGGCUAGCCUGAAGGUUAGGUACACAUGUAGGUACACAGACUUGGUCCUCCACAUUUUUAAUUGCUUGAGCUAUUUUUUAGCUUGAUAGUCUGUUGCUUGACAAUAGGUUGUCUUUGCCCAAAAUGAUGAAUGAAGGGCAAACUUGUUGAUCUUCUGUUUUUGUAUCUACUAAAAUGACUUUUGUGUGUGUAUAUAUUACUCUCUUAUCUACUACUGCCUUGUGAACACACUGCUUGCCUUAUGCAACUUAUGUCACUCUGGCAUUGAGUGAUAAACAAGAUAUGUAAUAUCAAAGUAUGUUUUUGGGACAUCAGGUACAAAAUUAUGAAUGUUUUUACAACCUAACUACUCAUGGUCCAGAGUUUUCAAUAAGAUCUUUUUGGGGGUUCUUGUCACUCUUAAUUCAUUGAUUGUUAAGCAAUGUCCCCCAAAUUAUUUGCUCAAGUCUUGCUGUGUUUAACAGACCAAACUAGUGCUAGAAUAAAGGGUUAAAAGUCAA